AGACCGAGAAACAGGGGAUAAUACGGUGGAGCCGCCGGGGCUGCAGUCCUGCCCCAGAGCCGGCAGGGAGCAGAGCUGCGGAGCCGCCUGGUCUCCCGCGUCCGUGGGUCCAUUCUUGCGUCUUUCUGUCCGUCGAACGAGCACUGCAGGAGCAGUCACGAGGUAGAAGUCGAGUGGCAUGGCAGCGAGCACAGACGUGGCUGGGCUGGAGGAGAGCUUCCGCAAGUUUGCCAUCCAUGGUGACCCUAAAGCCAGUGGGCAAGAGAUGAAUGGUAAGAACUGGGCCAAGCUGUGUAAGGACUGCAAGGUGGCUGACGGAAAGGCUGUGACAGGGACCGACGUCGACAUCGUCUUCUCCAAAGUCAAGGGGAAGUCUGCUCGGGUCAUCAACUAUGAGGAGUUCAAGAAGGCCCUAGAAGAGCUGGCAACCAAGCGAUUCAAGGGGAAGAGCAAGGAGGAGGCCUUCGAUGCCAUUUGCCAGCUGGUAGCAGGCAAAGAACCAGCCAAUGUGGGCGUCACUAAAGCAAAAACAGGGGGUGCUGUGGAACGGCUGACUGACACCAGCAAGUACACGGGUUCCCACAAGGAGCGCUUCGACGAGAGCGGCAAGGGCAAGGGCAUUGCUGGGCGGCAGGACAUCCUGGAUGACAGUGGCUAUGUGAGUGCCUACAAGAAUGCAGGCACCUAUGAUGCCAAGGUGAAGAAGUGAGGCCUGGGGAGGCCCCCCAAUGCGACUGCCCCUGCCAGAGGCUCAGGCCUGGGCCUAAGGGGCACGUGGAGCAAGAGAGUCCAGUCCCCUCCCUGCUGGACCUGCCACCCAGAGCUUCCUGCCCAGCCCCAUGGGGCCAGCUCACCAGGCCUCUGACCCAGAUGCACUGUGUCCCCUUUCCUUUCCUCUUUCCUCCAUGACUUUUGUCCCUCUGGGAGAGUCUGUGCCUAUAGCCUCAUUGCCCCAACCUAGCCCCAGGCAUGGCUAACCCCUGCCUGCUUGUCUCAUAUUUAAGCUGCUGCUCUGGCCAAGAGCCUAAUUCUUACCCAGACCUCAAUAAAGCCACCUUUUGUAUCAAUA